UUCAUAAAUCUGAUCUGUCAAAACUAUCAUCUCUGAUGGAUGUUGAAUUGGGGUGCGUGUUGUUUUAUCUCGAAUAAAUCAUUUUAAUAUAUAACGAACGAAACUAACCCUCUUUGUGGCCUGGAAAAGUCCUAGGAUUGCAGUCACAAGUCGUGGUCUAAGUAAUAAUUACAUUUGUUUUCGUAAACAAAAACAUUACAUAAUGCCGUUGCUUAGACUGACCACGGGUACUUUCGGGCAGCUGCGCACUUUCGCGACGUCAUCAGCCCUUGGCAAGAGAGUGAAGACCUUCGCCAUUUAUCGCUGGAACCCUGAUGAGCCGGAGAAAAAACCGUACACUCAAAAUUACCAGGUAGAUCUCGAUGAUUGCGCGCCUAUGGUUUUGGAUGCGCUAUUGAAGAUCAAGAAUGAAAUGGACCCGACUCUUACGUUCAGGAGGUCAUGCCGCGAAGGAGUCUGCGGUUCGUGCGCGAUGAACAUUGACGGGAUUAACACUUUGGCGUGUAUCAGUCAUAUUGACCAGAAUCUUUCAAAGCCCUCGAAAAUAUACCCCUUACCUCACAUGUAUGUUGUGAAAGAUCUGGUUCCAGACUUAACUAACUUCUACCGUCAGUAUCAGUCGAUAGAGCCAUGGUUACAGCGUGAAAAGGAGGCUGCAAAGGGUAAGGAAGUGCAAUUACUUCAAGAUGUCGAAGAUCGGGCUAAACUCGAUGGAUUAUACGAAUGUGUGCUGUGUGCUUGCUGUUCAACCAGCUGUCCUUCAUACUGGUGGAAUGGUGACAAGUAUCUGGGCCCCGCAGUCCUCAUGCAAGCUUACAGAUGGAUUAUUGACUCAAGAGAUGACCAAACUGAGAAGCGCUUAUCGAAGUUGAAGGAUACGUAUUCCGUAUACCGUUGCCAUACAAUCAUGAACUGCACCAGAACUUGUCCAAAGGGUUUGAACCCUGGACGAGCGAUUGCACAGAUUAAGACCCUUCUAUCUGGUUUAGUCAAGAAACAGAAACCGAUUAUGGAUCCAUCAGGGCUUGAGAAGCAGGCGGCCCAAAACUAAACUCCCACUUUUUAAAUUAGUAUGAUCAUGAUAAUUUUAAUUUGGUACUUAAAAAGUUUCAAUGGGUUAGCAUUUAUAACCUUUUCAUCGAAACUUAUGUACAAAUCCAACAUUUUGUAGUUAAUUCGUAAUCAUGAUUUGAUUAAGUUGGAAUUAGUUUAGUAAGAAUUCAAUCGAGCAUAAACAAGGAGUUGUCUUACCGAAAUUAAAAAAAAGUAUUAUUUUCUUUGUGAUUAUCAUGAGUUUCAUCUGAUAUUUAUUUCUCAUUUCCUUGUUAUGAUGUACACAUUUGUAUUAAGAUUUGUUUUGUAAUUAAAUGAUAUUUAUUUACAUAA